AAAAGUUUAUGUGUUUUAUGUAGUCCGAUUUUGAAUGUACCUUUUAAUGAAUUUGGUCAGUAAGUUAAGCUAAUGUUACUGUAGAAAAUUUAGAUCGUUUUAACUUUAAGUAAUCGUAUGUUAUAAGCAGUUUUCACUUUUUUAAUUAUGUCCUUAUAUCUUGUAAUUUGUGUUGGACAUCUAAUAUUUUGUAUCUACAAAAUGAACUAAUAGAGUGUGAAAGCUAGUUGCUUUAUUUUCCAAGAACUUUGUUGCUGCAGUUGUUAAACUUUAUCAUGUUCUGAAUUAUUUCAUUAGUUGUUUUGUUUUUAUUCAAAGUUGUGCAAGGCAUAGGUAAUUGACACUUAAGAAUAUGAGUGAUUCGCCAUCAUCAGUUGCCGGUGUUCCUUGUACUCCUACUACUCCAAGUACUCCAGAUAUCUCUAUUGGGUCUACUAGCGGCUCAUCGACAUCUAGUCGGUUGGUCAUCUCAAUUGUAGGAGAAAAGUUUGUUCCUAAUGGUCAUUCUAUUUCGAAGAGCAUCACAGAAACAUUCAAGGAACGACAAGAUGCUACUGGUUACUCAUGGAAGGAUGUUAGUGAAUCCACUCGUAAAUUCUAUUGGCAUGAAUUUGUGAAAUUAUAUCAGUGGAACCCUUCUGAGACUACCGUAAUUGAACACGCCUGGGUUAAAGUGGCAUCCACCUUAUACUCUAAGAAAUUGCACCAUUGGCGAAAACGUCCCAGACUUACUUUUGUUCCAGAAGAUGUAUGGAAAAGCUGGAAGACAUAUUGGGCCUUUGACAAGUGGCUGGAAAAAUCUCAUAUCGACACUCAAAAUCGACACAGUGAGACCGGUGGUCUUGACACUGGUCCAAGCAAGCAUACUGGUGGUUCUAAAUCAACAGCAAUAGACCUACGUCGUCCUGCAAAUUCAUGGGAUGUCUUUAAGAAGCUGCACACAAAAGAAAGGAUGGCAGCUUUGUUUAUCCCAAGUCUAAGAGCAUUAAUUUACUGGUUUACACGACCUGUUUGCAACCACUAUAGCCAAAUUGCCAAUAUUUCCCCUGAACCAUCUGCACAUGAAAAGAGCAGCCUUUGUGCAGAUUUUCCUGUAUCUUAG